UCACUGAGGGUGAUGGUGAUGACAGUCGUGUUGCUGGUGUCGUUGGUGUUGCUGGCGUUGCACAAUUAUUCUAUCCUGAUAAAAGUUUCUAAACCAAGAGUAAAGCCCUGGUAACAAUCAUUAACGAGCCACAGAAACAAUUAAAUCGCUGAAUUGCUUCUGUUGAGUUGAUGUUCUGUCGUCCCUGAUGGUCUGCGGGGCAAAAGCCCCCUCGCCCACGCGGCCCGUGCAAAUAAUAAUUCUCCAAACUCGGCCUGUUGCUCAUCUCCGAACUGUCCACAAAAAUCAUUUGUGGCCUCUUUUCCAUCAUCUACACACCAUCAUCAAGCUAGUACACCAUGGCAAUCCAUUACCUAAUUCUGCUGUCGAGACAGGGCAAAGUGCGCCUCGCCAAAUGGUUCACAACUCUCUCUCCUAAGGAGAAGGCCAAGAUCAUCAAGGAUGUGACCCAACUUGUUCUUUCGCGCCGGACGCGGAUGUGCAAUUUCCUCGAAUACAAAGACAGCAAGGUCGUUUACCGACGUUAUGCGUCCCUCUUCUUCAUCGCCGGAUGUGCCUCCACCGAUAACGAACUGAUUACCCUCGAAGUCGUGCACCGAUACGUUGAACAAAUGGACAAGUACUACGGCAACGUUUGCGAGCUGGACAUCAUUUUCAACUUCCAAAAGGCUUAUUUCAUUUUGGACGAGUUGUUGUUGGCUGGAGAAAUGCAGGAGAGUAGCAAGAAGAAUGUUCUCAGGUGUAUAAGCCAACAGGACAGCUUGGAAGAUAUGGAGGUUGAGGACGAUGUGGUUACGAAGAUCAUGUAA